UUCCCUCCUCCCCUCCUCCCCUCUCUCGUUUUGUCCGCAUUCCCAGCCACGCGACGCCAGGGCUGGAAAGCAAACCCUGCAAUGGCUGGUCAGUACAUCAAGACUUCUACUAGGGGUGAGAAUGCCAGAAUUGAGUAUGCCACAUCAUGUAUGCAAGGACCUCGUGAUGAAAUGCAAGAUUAUUACACAGCUCUCCUAGAUCUAGAUGGUUCGGAUUCCACAUCAUUCUUUGGUGUUUUUGAUGGCCAUGGAGGACAUAGGGUGGCAUGGUAUUGUUCGAGGAAAUUUCAUACUGAGCUUGUCAAAGUUCCAGACUAUCAAAACAACCUGCAUGCCGCAUUGGAGCAAGUGUGCUUCAGAAUUGAUCAGACGUUGAAAAGGUCAGAUGAAUGGAAGAAUCCUGAUUCUCCUCCUGCUCCUGCUCCUGCUCCUGGUAAUGGAAGUUUCCGAAGCCGUCUCCAGACUAGUCUUUGUUCCUGUUUCGGCAAGAAUUAUGAAGGGCCCCAAAUCGAAGGAAGCACAGCAUGCGUGGCUCUCAUUCGAGGCAACCAGAUAAUUGUUGGAAAUGUUGGUGAUUCCCGUUGUGUACUCUCAAGGAAUGGUCAGGCAAUUGAUUUAUCCACCGAUCACAAGCCAAAUGAACCAGGUGAAAGAGCCAGAAUUGAAGCUGCAGGAGGAUCAGUAGUCCAGAGGCAAGUCCUUGUAUAUGUAGAUGGACGAAUGAGGGCUGAACCAGGCCCAUAUCGCGUCGAUGGAAUAAUAGCCGUAUCCAGAGCGCUUGGUGAUUUUCAGUUCAAGAAGAACAAUAAAUUGAAGUUGAUAUGUAAUCCUGACAUUCACACUGAGGACAUAACUGAUGAUAUUGAUUUUCUUCUCAUAGCAAGCGAUGGUAUCUGGGAAGUCAAGACAAGUGAGGAGGUGGUUACUUAUGUAAACGAGCGCUUGCAAAAGAGGGCAGAUCUGCAUGUCAUCUGUGAGGGACUUCUUGAAUGGUGCAGGGACUCGAGGGACAAUUCGACCGUGAUACUGGUUCAGUUCAAGAACGGCAACAACCCCACUGCCAAUGCCAGUUGUUCCGGAGACUCCUGCCCCUGGCCCCAGGCAAAAACCACAGAUCUUAGCAGCAGCAUUGGUGCACCCAAGGUUGACACCAAAGCUGAAAUCAAGGCCGCGGAGGAAUAGCUGCGCAGGCAGAGUUUUGAAUUUUGAUCGAGAAGAGAAAGGUGAUCCUGAGCUGGAAGGUUUUACAGUGCUAUUUUUGCUCUCUGUCGGAGACAGAAUCCUUGUGUUGCCAAUCUACGGUGUAGGAUGAUAUGAUACCACUCAGACUAGCUCAACAGUUGCUCUUACUUUGGUAGCGCUUCCUGGUGUAGGAUGAUAUGAUACACGCGCUCUGGUUUCUUGUGCUUCUGAUCUUGGAUGCUGAGGAUGCUUAAUGGGGUAGUAUUUCUACGGAUGAUUGCUUCUUUUAUAUUUUGCGGGGAUGCUUACUGCCUUCAUGAUUAAUUCGACAAUCUUAUGCGAUGCAAUGUUAUGCUCUGUUUU